GUUGCAAACGAAUUGCGCAGGCGCAGUAAUCCAAUCCAAGAUGGCGGCCAGUGUAAGAGCCAAACAAAUCGAGGCUCUUAAGCGUAUGCUGAACCUCAACAAACCUGUGGGCAAGUCUGUUGCUGCGGAGCCUGUUUGGAAGGUUCUAGUAUAUGACAGAUUUGGCCAAGACAUCAUCUCACCUUUACUUACCGUCAAAGAGCUCCGGGACCUGGGAGUUACUCUACACUUGUUGCUGCACACUGAACGAGACCCAAUACCUGAAGUACCUGCAGUUUAUUUUGUUAUGCCCACAGAAGAAAAUGUUAAGAGAAUUUGUCAAGACUGCAGGAACCAACUAUAUGAAUCAUACUAUUUAAAUUUCAUCACUGCAAUCUCAAGGCAUCGUCUAGAGGAACUAGCCACUGUUGCCCUUCAAACAAACUGUGUAAAUCAAAUUUCUAAGGUCUAUGAUCAGUAUCUGAACUUUAUUUCAUUGGAAGAUGAAAUGUUUACUACGAGGUUCCAGGAACGUGAUGCAAUAUCAUACUACGCCCUCAACAGGCCUGAUGCAAAAGACACAGACAUUGAGAUGCUUAGGGAUGCUCUAGUGGACAGCUUGUUUUGCUUACUAGCAUCAUUAGGUACUGUCCCAAUAAUAAGGUGUCCAAAAGGAAAUGCAGCAGAGAUAGUCGCCGAGGCCCUUGAUAAAAAGCUCAGAGAGAACUUGAGGGAUUCAAGAAACAGUCUUUUUACAACUGAUAUCCCCUCUGGUCAAAUCAGUUUUCAGAGGCCAGUGUUGGUGAUUCUGGAUCGCAACAUGGAUCUAUGCACCCCAUUGCACCAUACCUGGACAUACCAAGCUCUUGCCCACGACGUCCUGGAAUUGCACCUGAAUAGAGUGGUUGUCAGGGAAACGCCCCCUCAAGUGAAUGACGACCACCCUGAUGCUCACCACAGGCACCCCAAGCAAGUCAAAGUCAAGACAUAUGACCUUCACAACACUGAUAAAUUUUGGAAUAGUCACAAGGGGAGUCCAUUCCCCAAUGUUGCUGAGUCAAUAGAAAAAGAAUUGAAUGAGUACAAAGCAUCCGAAGAGGAGGUCAAGAGACUGAAGAAUGUCAUGGGUAUAGAUGAAAGUAACGAGGAAGUCAUGGGAGAAAUUUUUGCAGACAGUACUGCAAAGCUCACAUCUGCUGUCAGUUCAUUGCCUGAACUACUCGAGAAGAAGAGAUUGAUUGACAUGCACACAAACAUCGCCACCGCGUUGCUUGACCACAUUAAGGCCCGAAAGCUGGACAUUUUUUUUGAGACAGAGGAGAAAAUCAUGAGCAAGUCGACUUUGGACAAGUCAAUAUUGGAGAUCAUUCAAGAUCCAGAUGCUGGUACUCCAGAAGACAAACUCAGAUUGUUUAUUAUUUAUUAUGUAUCUGGGCCUACAAUGUCCCCGGCUGAGUUUGAUCAGUAUGCGUCUGCACUACAGGCGUGCGGUGUACAGUCCGCUGCUCUCAGCUACAUCAAGAAAUGGAAAGCGUUCACGAAAAUCACGACGGCGCCCCUACAGUCGGGUGGAGGAGGUCAAAACACUUACAGUGCCAUGUUCUCUCGCAUUAUGAACACGGGGUCGCAGUUCGUUAUGGAGGGGGUCAAGAAUCUAGUGGUCGGUAACAAGAAUUUGCCCGUUACUCGAAUAUUGGAUGCAGUUAUGGAGAACAAGUCCAACCCGGAAGUCGAGGAUUUUCGAUAUUUUGACCCGAAAAUGCUUCGAGUCACCGACAGCUCCUCGAUUCCCAGGAACAAGACGCCUUUCCAAGAGGCUAUAGUGUUUAUGGUCGGAGGUGGGAAUUUUAUCGAAUACCAGAACCUGAUGGACUACGCAAAGAGAUCCUCUGGAACUAAAAAGGUUUUCUACGGAGCAAGCGAAGUACUCAAUGCCUCACAAUUCAUAAAACAGUUAUCACGCCUCGGAGAGGACUCAGCCUAAUCCACGGAGAGAACCUAUUCCAAGUCUAGAGGAAAUGUAUAUCGAUAGGGAUAGUCUCGCCAGGUUUUAGUUAUCUGGCGUCUGUUUUCCAGCACCGUUUCCAGGCAACUGAAAGUGGAGGAGAAUGACUUCGAUUGCUUGCGUUCAAAUUAUAGGCACCUGGUACUAAUACUGUGUGGUGACGAAUGUAGAAUUGGAUAGUAAAAUCUAUUUAUCAUUUUAUGAAGAAAUUAUGACAGAAAUACAGAAAAGAUCGUUGAUUCGUACGUGAUGUUUAUUAACUUUAAAACUGGCUGAAUACGAAGCACCAAACACAGAUAUUCCACUCUACCAAUUGUUCGUCUUUACUAAGACAAAGAACUAAGGUCCAAUAGAAUUGAAACAAAUGAAGAUUCAAGGAAAAAAGAUAUACAGUCAGUGUUUAUAGCAAGAUUCGAUUAAAUUUAGCAGUUGUAAAAAAAACUGUUGAAAUCAAUAAAGGAAAAAAUAAAAUUAUGAUGCUA